AAAAGAGAUCAGUUUAGCGUUGGUGACCUCGCUAAGUAGACGUGCAGUGAUUCACAAUGCGCUCGAGAAUAUUUUAUUUGGCAUCUGGUUUAGCCAUCUGCUUAAUUCAUCAACAAAUGUGUGUCUAUGGGUCAAGUGUGAUAGCGGAAAAUGGUGACGAGGAUUCAAACGAAAUGGAAGACACAUCGAGUGUACCGGUAUUUGUUCGUAGUAGGUUUAAUUUGCGAAUCUGGUCUACAACAGAAGGGGCUAGCACUACGGAAUAUGAUAAGUUAGUUAAUGCUACCGGUUCUUUGUCAGCUUCAAAUAAGUCAUCUAAAAAGCCUAACCGAUUCAAAGUGAGUACCAGUACGAGUACAAGUACGGAAGCAACUACAAUUAAUUUGCAAGUAGGAGUGAACACAACGGAGGUGCCAACUACCACUCAAGCUCCCACUUCCAAUACUGUAGUAAAUGUAGAGGAGCCAACAACUUUAAAAAUAAAGGCCAGAAAGCUUUCCUCACCCGAAUGCGGUGAACUGAACGGAGAUGAUGUACCCUGGAUAGCAGUCUUGGAGCAUACAAAUCCAAAAGGAGGUGCUCGCAAAAAGACCCUAAGCAAAGGGGUGCUCAUUGAUGAUCGGCAUGUGCUGACGACUAUUUCCAGCAUUCAUAAUUCGUACCCUUUCUGGAUUGUCACUGGAAUUCGGUUAGGUGAUACUCCCACAUGGGCGGCCUCAAAAGGAACCAAGGAAAUAAGCGCAAGAAAGCAGGAUGUUGUGUCGGUGUCUGUGAAGAAUGUUUUCCUGCACGAAAAGAAAGACAUCGCCGUGAUAAGACUGAGCGAGCGGGUGACCAUCACCGACAAAAUUCGACCCAUCUGCUUACCGAUGAAUGAUCGCGUUAAUUUCACUGACAUAUUCUUUCACGUUUGCAAAAAGGACAAGUCAGAUUUCGGAAGACCGAGCACCUCGAGUAAAAUGAUAUCUGUGACAUAUCUUGGCCAGAAGGAUUGUCAGAUUUUGUUCCGGAGACACCAGGCGGAGCUUGGUUCAAAGGAAUUUUGUGUUUGGGACGAAACCGGUGACAAUUGUACGGGCGACCUAGGUGGACCGUUAAUGUCGAAGCUGAACGGCCGGUAUCACGUGGUUGGGCUCAAUUCGUAUGCUAUGUCAAAGUCCAAAAUCGAUAGCGAAGGCCUACCUGGGGUAUAUGUACGCGUGGGUUCUUUUCUCAAAUGGAUCCAAGCGGUACUAAAAACCGAAUUUGAUGACUUCGCUGAUGGAGCAGCUUGAACCGAUUAUGGGGCUCAAAAAGUUAAACCGAACUGGAUUAGGCGAGCUCAUGUCUACGUACCUAUAUGUCUGUAGUUAGAUUAGAUUUGAUAGCAGCUGAGUAGUGGAGGGCAGUUCAUGACCGACGUGAAGUGUGCGCUACGUCUCGGACGGCACGCGAAUAUAUUUAUUUCUAUUAGCAUUUCGAAUAGAAGCAGCUCUUGAACGCAAAAAGUAGAAUAACACAUGUUCUAGAAUGGAAAAUAACUGACAUUACAACCGGUUCGACUGCGACGACGUUGA